AAAUCCAAAUACUAGAACUGCACGAAUUUUGCUCGCGCUCUCCAGCAGCCGCCAAAUCGUUUGUCUACACAUCUGCUCUCGCCAGUAAUACCUGCCGCCCACUAGCCCACUACAAGUGAACUGCUAGCAGUUCACUGUCGUAGCUCUAACGCGUAACAACACAAUAUAAUUCUUUUACAUACAUAUAAGUGACAGUUACCGCUUGUUCGAACCCGAUCCGAAAGUAAUUUCUAUUCAAUAUGGAACCGAUCGCUGCGGAAGCUCCACAAUUGGUAAAAGUCAAGCUGUUACCUGCGAUUGCUCCCGAGGAGCGCAAGCGGCAUAUUGUGGCCAAUAUAGUGCUGGAGGGUCACACCUCAGCCGUGCCGUAUAUUGAUGAUGCCAACAAUGGAACUAAUGUGGUGCAAGUACAGUCGCUCGGCGCCAUACCACCCGGCAAGGAAGGGCGAAAGCGCUUACGUUACUAUUCGGUGGGGCCGCGUACUUAUCACACCAAAUGCCCACUGUGUCAGCAGCACGGCGAUGCGGCUGUGAUGCGAGCGGCAGGAUUGAAGGAUGCAAGUUGUUGUCUGUCGACGUUGUCAUGCUUUUUCCCCAUUUUUUGGCUCUGCUGUAUCUGCACCUGGUGCGGCUGCAAUCGCGAAUGGACCACGAAAGGUAUUUACUGCAGCAAAUGUGGCGGCAAAUUGGGUAUUCAACAGAGGCCGAAAUGAGUGCUAUGAAAAAUAAAAAUGUCAAAAUUUCAAUAGUUAAUUGAAGUGAAGUGGAAUUAUUAAAUUUUAAUUUAUAGAAUAAAUACUAAAUAACGAAAUAAACAAAUCGUACCAAAAACAA